CAUGGCCAUUGAAUGAAGCCCGGCCCAAUGCCUUCCCAACGAAGCCCUAGAAUGCAGAGAGGAAACAACCACUUGCCGUUCUUCUUCGACUUCUUACCUACCGCCGCUCUCCGUCUCGCUCCUCCUCGCCCGAUGUCGGAGAAGAAGCGACGCCGCACCGAAGCGGGCCCCCCGGCGGCCUCCGCAGCCUCGAAGAAGUUGCGGCGGCCGGACUCCCACGCCCAAGGGCUGCGGAAGUUGCUGAAGCCCGACGCCGAGAUCCUCGCCUCUGUCCGCGAGAUGUAUGAUGCUGCCCAGUCGGCCGCCUCGUCCUCCAAGGCCCUCACCCUCUCAGACCUGAGCCUCUCUGCCGCCUGCCGCGAGGUCUCCGACUGCGACGCCGCCUCCGUGCAGCUCGCCAUCGAGCGCGCCGUCCUUGCGAUGGCCCGCUCCAUUCUCGCUGGCCGCGGCUUCUCCUUCGAUGUUCCCUCCCGCGCCGCCUCCAACCAGCUCUACGUCCCCGAGCUGGACCGCAUCGUCCUCCGCGACAAGUCCUCCUCCCGCCCCUUCGCCAGCCUCUCCACCGUCCGCAAGGCCACCAUUACUGCUAGGGUCCUCUCUCUCGUCUACCUCGUCCUUCGUCGCGACAUCCACGUCACCAAGCGCGAUCUCUUCUACACCGACGUCAAGCUCUUCCAGGACCAGUCCCAGUCCGACGCCGUCCUCGACGACGUCUCCUGCAUGCUCGGUUGCACGCGAUCCUCCCUCCACGUCGUUGCCUCCGAGAAGGGCGUCGUCGUCGGCCGCCUUGUCUUCACCGAUGACGGUGAUCGCAUUGACUGCACCAAGAUGGGCAUCGGCGGGAAGGCCAUCCCUCCAAACAUCGACCGCGUCGGCAACCUCGAGAGCGAUGCCCUCUUCAUCCUCCUCGUGGAGAAGGACGCCGCCUUCAUGCGGCUGGCCGAGGACCGCUUCUACAACAGGUUCCCCUGCAUCAUCGUCACAGCCAAGGGCCAACCGGAUGUGGCCACCAGGCUCUUCCUUAGGCGGAUGAAGACCGAGCUCAAGCUGCCGGUCCUCGCGCUGGUCGACAGUGAUCCCUACGGCCUCAAGAUCCUCUCCGUGUACAUGUGUGGAUCAAAGAACAUGUCUUACGACAGUUCAAACUUGACGACGCCGGACAUCAAAUGGCUGGGUGUCCGACCGAGUGAUCUGGACAAGUACAGGGUACCGGAGCAGUGCCGUCUACCCAUGACGGAGCAGGACGUCAAGGCUGGGAAAGACUUGUUGGAGGAGGACUUCGUGAAGAGGAAUGGUGGGUGGGUCAAGGAGCUCGAUAUGAUGGUGAAGACAAGGCAAAAGGCUGAGAUACAGGCGCUCAGUUCAUUCGGCUUCCAGUAUCUCACUGAGGUGUAUUUGCCCCUCAAGAUACAGCAGAGGGAUUGGCUAUGAACUUGUCUUCUGAAACCAGCAGUGGGUAACAUUCAAGCAUGGUGGGUACCAAGAUGAUCGUAAAGCAUGAACUCGUACCAUUUCCGGAUACUUAAUUUAAGGUAAUUGAUUACAGAGUUUCUACCUUAUGUAUAUAAAACCUUGUGGUAUUUAUCUUCGGGGCCCACAUUCUGUUGACACUUUCAACCAGUCCUAUGGUUCAGUUAGAUUGCAUUUGAAUGCACGUGAACUUCAUUUAUAUCAUGUGAGACUCGAUUAUUCUUUUCUUUUCUUGCAAUCUUUCAACUCUAUUUGUUCCAAAUGGCCGGUUUGUUCGUCUCUAGCACAAUACCUACUUUAAACAGCAUAUGAUGAAUGCUAUGGUU